UUUGCAUUCCGAAGAUGAGGAUCCUACUAUAAAAGCGUUUGAUUUUUAAAAUCACAGCAUCACUUAUCGGUUUCUAUUGGUUUAGUGAACUAGACAAAGUCAACAUGAAAAUAAUCAUAUUGGGAGUUCUAGCUUUGGCAACAGUAGCUGUAGCUGCUCCACCAUCUGGAGCUGACGCUAGCGCCACUAUCGUCAGAUUAGAGAGCGACAAUAUUGGCGUUGAUGGGUUUCGUUACAGUUACGAAACCAGCAAUGGAAUAGCAGCAGAUGAGCAAGGAACCCUAAUCGCCGGUACUGGAAAGGACGAUCAGGGUGGAAUAGCCACCAAGGGGUCAUUUAAAUACGUCGGUCCAGAUGGGGUGACUUACACUAUUACAUUUAUAGCUGACGCCAACGGAUUCCAACCUCAGGGUGCGCAUUUACCAGUGGGGCCCAAAUAAAGGUUUUUGUGUUGAUGUCAAAUGUUUUGUACAUAGUUUUGUAAGAGCAGUGCUACAAUAAAAUGGAUAUUUAAUGAU